AUGGCAGAAUACGCAACAUUGCCAUCGGCACGACAAAGCAAAAUGAAAAUCGACGCUCUACUGAACCCAGGCGAUGGAGAUUCCUACGACUCUCCACGCACUCAACACGCUUCAAUCCCAUCCCAUCGUCACAGCUACCACCAGCCCUCGCCAAGCUUCCCCCCAAGCCCAAACUACUGGUACAAUCGAAACUACCACGACACCAGCCCAGGCGCACUAUCCAACACAACUACAGCAACAACCCAGAGCAGCAGCACAAACGCCAGUCACCACAGCGUAAACCAACCCCAAUCCCACCAAAUGUUCUUCACAUACCGGCCCUCAGCCACCGCCAACCGCGCCAGCGGAAGCACAAACCAAAGCUCUCUCUCGGCACCCUCCUCGCCAGACCCGUACCAUUCCCGCGAGCGCUUCUCCAGUGUCUCCAGCUCUUCCUCGACUAACGGCGACCGCCGUCGGCCUCCUCGGCCAAAGUACGAGGAAGAGGAAAUGUACUUCAUCUGGUACCACCGGGUCGACUUGUGUCAGGAGUGGAAGGAGGUCCGGGAGGCUUUCAAUCGCCAGUUUCCGGACCGCCAGAGACGCGGGUUCCAGGGUAUUCAAUGCAAGUUUUAUCGCUUCAUCAAGGAGAAGAAGUGUCCUACUCUGCGUGAGCAGAGGCGGAUGCGGGAUGGGGAAUUCUUGAGGGAGGGUGCUACUGCUGCGUUGGCAGGGGAUCAUGGGUCUGCGCCCAAGUUUGGGGUUAGGGAAUAUACUAGCGUUUGGUAUCCUUGGAUGAGGAAGGAGGGGGAUCCUGCGUUGCGACGGAUCUGA